CUCUGCUCCCCAUUUUAUUUAUUUAUUUAUUUAAUUAUUUCUUUAUUUCGGGGAUUUUGGGAAAUCCGACUCUCCUGCAGCCUGGGCUCUCCUGCUUUUAGUGCUUUGUUCCCUCCAGGAGAACCCCGAUGUUCAGCUCUCGGAUGAACUGGAUGCGUAUUUUUUCCCAGAAAAGGCCCACUCAGCAGUGGGCCCAGGCUCCACAAUUUUUUUUCUUUUUUCAGGAAAAACCCAAUAGCCAACUCUCCAGCAGCCCAGGCUCCCCCACUCACUGCUGUAUUCUUUCCAGGAAAACCCCAAUAUCCUUCCCUCCGAUGAGCUUAAUGUGUAUUUUUUUUCCCAGCAAAGACCCCCUUGGACAGUCCAGACUCUCUGGCUUGAUGCUUUAUUUUUUUCCAGGCAGACCACAAUAUUCAAGUCCUGCCCAGCCCAGGCUCCCCAGCAUCGCCGCCUACGUGGAGGCCGCAGGGCUGCCCAACCUGCUGCCCCCCAUCCUGCUGGACGCGUCACAGGGCUGGGAGAGCUGGGGGGGCACCCAGCCCGCCUCCCUCGACCUCCUUGUGAGCAUCAACAUGAUGCACAUCGCGGAGCUGCGGUGCACCGAGGGCCUGUUCAGGGGUGCCGGGGUGCUGCUGAAGCCCGGAGGUGUGCUCUUCACCUACGGGCCCUACGCUGUGGACGGCCAGAUCAGCCCCCAGAGCAACGUGGACUUUGACCGCAGCCUGAGGCAGAGGAAUCCGGCCUGGGGGCUGCGGGACACGGCGCUGCUGCAGGAGCUGGCUGAGGCCAACGGGCUGUGCCUGGAGAGGAUGGUGGACAUGCCGGCCAACAACAAGAGCCUGAUCUUCCGCAAGCUGUGAGCUGCCCUGGCGGUGCUUCCAGCGCCUCCCAGCUCUGCUGUCCCCACGGAUGCCUCCUGCAGUGUCGCUGUCCCACCAUGGCUGCCACUGGGGCUGGGGACAGCAGUGAUGGGACAGAGCCCCGCUCACCCCAGCUGGGGCUGACUUGGCUGGAGGGGAGGUCCAUCUCCCCUGGGUGCCUUUGGAGCUCCCUUUGCAGUGGGGUGCCCCAGCCUGGACCACAAGAGCCAGCACAGCUGCUGUGGGGGACACACUUGUGUGUGGGGUGGGGGGACACAACUCCCGUGGGCAUGGGGGGGACUCCUUGCUCCAUUUCCUUGGAGGAUCUUGUGCUGGUGGUGUUCCUCCUGCCCCCCUCCCCAGGAUUGUGCUGCUGCCCCCCCAAUAAACUCUGUGGCUUUGCCCCCCA